GACAUGGCAGCAGGAAAUCAUUCCAAAGUGACUGAGUUCAUCCUGGCUGGACUCUCAGAGAAGCCAGAGCUUCAGCUGCCCCUCUUCCUCCUCUUCCUAGGAAUUUACAUGUUCACAUUACUGGGUAACCUUGGUAUGGUCACACUGAUUGGGCUCAGCUCUCACCUGCAUACUCCCAUGUACUUUCUCCUCAGCAGUCUGUCCUUGAUUGACCUCUGUCAUUCCACUGUGAUCACUCCCAAAAUGCUGGUGAACUUUGUAACAGAGAAGAACAUCAUCUCCUACCCUGAAUGCAUGACUCAGCUCUACUUCUUCCUGCUUUUAGCUGUUGCAGAGUGUUACAUGUUAGCUGCAAUGGCCUAUGACCGCUAUGUGGCCAUCUGUAGCCCACUGCUUUACCAUGUCAUCAUGUCCUCCCAGACCUGCCUUUCCCUGAUUUUAGGGGUGUAUAUUAUAGGUGUGGUUUGUGCAUCAGCUCAUACAGGCUGCAUGAUUAGGAUCCAAUUCUGCAAAUUUGAUGUGAUCAACCAUUAUUUCUGUGAUCUUCUUCCCCUCCUGAAGCUUUCUUGCUCCAGUACCUAUGUCAAUGAAGUACUGAUUUUAUUUUUUGGCACAUUUAACAUCUUUGUCCCAAUCUUGACGAUUUUUGGAUCUUACAUCUUCAUCAUAGCCAGCAUCCUGAGCAUUCGCUCCAAUGAGGGCAGAGCCAAAGCCUUCAGCACAUGCAGCUCCCACAUUGUGGCUAUUGCUGUCUUCUUUGGUUCUCUAGCAUUCAUGUACCUUCAGCCAUCAUCAGUCAGCUCCAUGGACCAAGGGAAAGUGUCCUCUGUGUUUUAUACAACUGUUGUGCCCAUGCUGAAUCCCCUGAUCUACAGUCUGAGGAAUAAAGAUGUCAAUGUUGCCCUGAAGAAAAUGCUACACAGAAAAACAUUUCUGUGA